AUGCAAAAUAAAGCAUCUCUUCCACCGAUCAGAUUUCUUCUUGACUCACCUAUCGACGAAGGCGAUGGAUAUCCAUUUCCACAAACACCUACGUCACCAAAUAACACACAUGCUUAUCAACAACGAAACCUUCCAUCCAUAAAGUCCGCGGAUACAGACCACCUCGCUGCAAUUAAUGCCUAUAACAAGAAUAUUAUGAAUUUUUCCACUAAAGAUUCUUAUGGUAGUUGUAAUUCUCUGAUUUCACCCCCGGAAUCACCUGGUGUUAAAAUGAUGCAUCAACAGUUACCUUCUGGUUCUUAUGACUCGAGACAAGAAAUUAGACACAAUACUCUUCUUCAUCCCCCACCACCAUUGUCCCUUCCAUCUUCAUCCUCGCGACAACAGUGUAGUUGCUGCGUGGGACCUUCAUCCGUUCAAUCGGUAACAACAUCGUUAGAAAAUAAUCAGUAUUUUCGACAGGAUGAACAAUAUAGUACCUUCGCUCAAACCUCUUUGCCGUACGAUUGUCAUUCACCAGUGAUUUCACAUUUUUACCCACGUUUAAGUAUAAAUUUACUCGAGGGCAUGAAUUUUGACAGUAAUUCUUCUUCUCGAGGUCUUUGUGGUCAAACUUUAAAUGAAUCUUCCAAUGGAAGUGAAAAACCUUUUGUUUGCACCGAACCGGGAUGCGGGAGAAAAUUCUCCGUGCAAAGUAAUAUGCGACGACACCUUAGGGUCCAUCGCUUGGGAAGACCUAUCAAUGAGCAAGAGGCACGCCUCGAUCAAAACCCGGAGAGAAAUCCGUCGAGAGCCAUUGAUAUUUCAAGCCAUGCAUCUGUGUAG